UUCACAAUUAGCAACUCUUCCAUCUAUAUGGGGGGAGGGGGCAUGUUUAUGUUUUUGGGGCUUUUGCUGCAGCACGAGCCCUGGUUUCCAUGGAGUCAUACCCGACAACUCGUUGGGAACUGAGGCAUGCCAUUCUUCUCCCCGCUGCCGAAAUGCGGCGGUUAUUCUGACUCAGGCUAUUGUGGAAACGCACAAGUGGCUCUCAGAGGAGAAGGGGAUGCAGAGAGAAAGGGUGGGGUCAGGGUUCAAACGAAAGGCUCCCAUCGGGGCUCCCUUUCUCUUAUCAAAUUUGUUGAAAGACAAAAAGAGCUACAGUCUUGUUCCUCGGGCCAUCUAGAGGAGAGGAGAGGGGUUAUAGGACGGCAUUCCUCAAGUCAGAGCAUCAGUUCUUUCUCUGAGCGGCAGAUAAACUCCUCAUCUUCACUUUGCUCCACACGCUGCUCCCUGCUUCACACAGACUCCUGCACUCCUCCGAAACUAAACAUGGAUUCGUCUACAGCUGCAGAGCCAUCGUUGCCGUCAAAUCAGUCAUCAGAGAGCUGUGCAGCAGCACAGACCGCCACCGAGAACCAGCUCUUUGGAUGGUUCUACAUGGUGCUCUUUGUCCUGGCCCUCGGUGGAAAUAGUUUGGCUCUCUGGAUCUUCUCCCGUCAGCGUGGGGUUUCCUCACCCGCCAACGUCUUCCUGGUUCAUCUGGCUGUGGCAGACCUAUCCUACGUGAUCAUCCUCCCCCUCAGAGCAAUCUACCACUUCACUGGAGGUCACUGGCCUCUGGGUGAGGUCCCCUGUAGGGUGACGGGCUUUUUGUUUUAUGUCAACAUGUACGCCAGUCUGUAUUUCCUGGCCUGUGUGGCGGGAGACCGUUACCUGGCUGUGGUUCACGCUGUGAGGUCAAUGAAGCUUCGCCAAGGUCGAUAUGCUCACAUCGUCAGCUUAUCUCUAUGGGUCUUGGUUACUGUCUCCAUGGCGCCACUGCUGGUCACCCAUCAGACAGCACAGGUGGACAACACAACAGUGUGUUUGCAGCUGUAUCGAGAGAAGGCCUCCCGCAAAGCUUUGGUCUCUCUGGCUGUGGCUUUCACCCCGCCGUUCCUGGCCACCCUGUCCUGCUACCUGCUUAUCAUCCACAGCCUGCAUCGGGGCUCCAGGCUGGAACCUGCCCUGAAGCUGCGGGCCCUGCGUACCAUCGGCGCAGUCAUGCUCAUCUAUGUGGUCUGCUUCCUGCCGUAUCAUCUGAGCAGAGCCACCUUCAUCCUUGGUUACAGCCACCCAGACGUAUCCUGCCAAACACGCAGAGCCCUGAGCAUGGCUAAUCGCCUCACCUCCUCUCUUACCUGCCUGAAUGGCGCUAUGGACCCUCUGGUGUAUCUGUUUGGGGCAGAGAAGUUCCGCAGCACACUGAAACGCUUGUUUUGUAAAGACAAGGCGGGGAUGACUGGGGCCACCAGCGGAGACUUAAAGGGAACACAUGAGAGCUCUCUGAGUGCUAAGUCUGAGUUCUGAAUUAGACGCAAAAGACACAUAAAACUGCUUUGUUCUUACCUUUUGUAUGGACGUUAAGGACCUUAACCUGAAUUAAGAAUGAUAAAAGCAUUAAUUAAAGUCCAACAUCCAGUUUUCACUCUGGAUCUAAUGAACCCUUUAAAAAAUCUCUUUAAAUCAAAGUUUGAUAGAAAAAACUUGUUUAAAAGGGGAAAAAAGGACAUAACGCUGUCUGUUUCAGUCCAAUUUGGUCCUCAUCUCAAUUAAUUUCUUUAAAUUAAGACAAUGGUGGCAAAAGACGUCCACAUAGUUCUGCUUGAGCCCCCAGAGGAGCAGCAACAGGUCUGUGAAAGUCAGCUUCCGUACGGGGGAGCUGGGUUUGUGGCUCUAAGGUUUGAUGUAGGGAUGAAAGAUAGUCAAUGAGAUGUUUCAGCUGUGGGACUCAAGGCCAAAAGCAAAAUAGCACACAGAGAUGUGCAAUAUUUUGUGCUUGUAAGACAACAUUUUUGACACAAUGCCAAUGGGCUGUACAACAGAUAUUCUAUGAAGGAGGCUGAGGUCUCCAGUGUCUAGGCCCUAUACUGUAUUUUCCUAAAAGGAGCCAUUACCCAAACUUCUAAUCCAAUUCAGUUUAUUUAUGUAGUGCCAAUUAAAGACACAUGUCAUCUGUAGGUCCUUUACAGAGACAAUUUGAUAACAAUAAACAGGUUUUCUAUCUAAAGGAUACCAGCCAACUGCAUCCAGUAAUUUAAUUUGCAGGAUUCACUUCAUCUGAAUAAGCAUUUGAUUAUUGUAGAUGUUUGCUUGCAGUAGGUUGGUGACUGCAAUCCGUCACACUAAGCAUGCAUGCUCAACAGCAGAGAGAAAAACUAAAUUUCAACAGCAAGAAACCUCCAGCAGAACCAGGCUCAGAGUGAGCGGCCUUUUGCAGAGGCAGAUCUUUUUUUUUAAGGCAAGGUUUUAAGCCAAGUCAUAUAAGCAGACAGUGUUUCUGACUAAUGGGUUAAAACUGCCUCCCAUUCUACUUUUAGAAAUCCUAUGAACGUGAAGUGGUUUGUUAGAAACAUAAAGAACAAUCAGAUCUCUAAUACAAGAUGGAGGUUGGUCAUUUAUAACUGAGAAGGAGACUUUUUAAUUUUAUUCUGGUUUUAACAGGUAGGCUACCAUUAAAGAAAAGAUAAAAUAAGAACAUAUGAUUAUUUUCAUCAGUAGUCUGACUGCAGUAAUUUGCUGAAGGAUUUUAACGACAAUUUUUGGACUUACUAAUCCUAAAGAAUUACAAUAGUCCAGCCUUGAAGUUAUCAGUGAAUGGACAAGUUUCUCAGCAUCACCCCUGGACAAUAUUUCCUAUGAGAAUAUUCCAGAGAUGAAAUAAGGAAAUUCUAGAAACCUGUUUAAUAUGCUGGUAAAAUGACAAAUCCUGAUCAAAAAUAACUCCAAGGUUUUUUUUACAUUAUUAUCUAAUGCCAUUUAAUGCCAUCAAGAUGAGGUGACAGAGCAAUAAGCUUAUUUUUCAAAGAUUCUGGUCCAAGGACAAUAAAUUCAGUCUUUUCCUACAUUCAAUAGCAGAAAAUCUAAAUUAAUCCACGUUUUCAUCUCUUCAACACAUGCCUAUUUCCUGCCUAAUGGUUCAGUUUCAUACGGAUUUAUGGACAAAUAUAGCUGAAUAUCAUCAGUAUAAGAGUGGAAGUGAAUCCCCUGCUGUCUGAUAAUUCUACCAAUAGAAAGCAUGUAUAUAGAACUGACCAUUAGCUCUAGCACUGAUCCCUGUGGUACUCCGCAAGUAAUCCUAAAGCUUGAAUAAAACUCUAACAUUAACAUGAACAAACUGGAAUCUACAUAUCGCAGUAGGAUAGAAUUAUUAUAUAUCAAAUCAAGAUGGAAAUAAACCAGGCCUUUUUUCUGUUAAAAUGGGAUGUUGUUAAUGUAAUGUGCUAAUGGUACACCGCAAUGCUAACACCGCUAAUGUCUCUAUUUCACCAAAAGAGGCUAUUUCUAAGGUCUCCCAUGCAGGCAGUCAUUAAGUGUUGCUGCUGGUAAACUUUUUUACUUACAGUGUAGGAGGACAGGAAACGACAGUAAUCGAACCACGGCUAAUUGCUAAUGUGCUAGCAUUAUAUCCACAUUAGGCUCAUUUUACACACAAGUUAAAAAGCAAUAUAACAAGUGUUAUGACUUUAUUCUAGUAAUUUUAUUACUUUAUUCUCGUAAUUUGACAACCUUAUUCUAUUUUAUGCAGGCCAGUUAGUUAUAUGUCAGCUUGAA